CACAACAAAUUAAAAAUCGGUAAUCAGCAGUAUAAUGGGUUGUUAGAAAGUAAACUAAGGCCCAAUAAAAUAUUUAAGAGUUUAUUUGAGCAGUGAUUCCUGAAUUGGGCAGCUCCAAGCCAGAAGUGACUAGGGAGCUCCACUGAUCUCUCUGUGGAGAAGCUUUCUAGGACAUGAGGAGGAGGCUUUUUAGGAAAACAGGUAAAGCAAAGAUAAUAUUUCAUUGGUUACAGUUACACAGUUGCCUUAUUUGGUCUAUCCCAUGAGGAAGUCCUAGUUAUAUAAUUAUGUUUUUGUUGGCUGCUUCUGAUUGGUUGAGCUUAAGUUCUAUGUCUCUUUAAUAUAGGCAUUUACAAGAAAUAGCACAAAUAAAGUUUCAGACAUGCUUGCGAAUCAAGCAAGGUUAAUGUUACUUAGGAGGCCCAACUGGCUCUGCCAGCUCAAGGAUUAUUCUGGCCUGGUCUCCAUUUUAUAUGAACAGUUGCAUAAAUAAACACAGAGUACCUGAAACAACGGAGGUGAUCAUUCUGCCUACCGAAUGUUGGCCAGGCCAAGCUUGGAGUGUUGCUCUUAUUCUUAGGGGGAUUAUUAUUAAGUAAUCUCAUCUGUAAACGGGAUUACAAUCCACAAACUAACCUUGUAUAUGCUUCCAUUCCCUCGCCCAACCCAGCCCCACACUCCAAGGUUUUUCCUUUGCUUAUAACAGGGUAGUCACCCUUUUUUAUUUCGACAUUCCAAACAUUCUGGGAGUUUUCCUCCUUUAGGCCAACUACAGCACAGAGGAGCGCUUCCUUCUGCUGGGUUUCUCCGACUGGCCCUCCCUGCAGCCGGUCCUCUUCGCCUUUGUCCUCCUCUGCUACCUCCUGACCUUGACCGGCAACUCGGUGCUGGUGCUGCUGACGGUGCGCGACCCGCGCCUGCACACGCCCAUGUACUACUUCCUCUGCCACCUGGCCUUGGUGGACGCGGGCUUCACCACAAGCGUGGUGCCGCCCCUGCUGGCCAACCUGCGCGGACCAGCGCUCUGGCUGCCGCGCAGCCACUGCACGGCCCAGCUGUGCGCAUCGCUGGCUCUGGGUUCCGCCGAGUGCGUCCUCCUGGCGGUGAUGGCGCUGGACCGCGCGGCCGCAGUGUGCCGUCCGCUGCGCUACGCUGGGCUCGCCUCCCCGCGCCUAUGCCGCGCGCUGGCCAGCUCCUCCUGGCUAGGCGGCCUCACCAACUCCGUUGCGCAAACAGCGCUCCUGGCUGAGCGGCCUCUGUGCGGGCCCCGCCUGCUGGACCACUUCAUCUGUGAGCUGCCGGCGUUGCUCAAGCUGGCCUGCGGAGGCGACGGAGACACCACCGAGAACCAGAUGUUCGCCGCCCGUGUGGUCAUCCUGCUGCUGCCGUCUGGCGUCAUCCUGGCCUCCUAUGGUGCCGUGGCCCGAGCUGUCUGUUGCAUGCGGUCCAGCGGAGGCCGGAGAAGGGCGGUGGGCACGUGUGGGUCCCACCUGACAGCGGUCUGCCUGUUCUACGGCUCGGCCAUCUACACCUACUUGCAGCCCGCGCAGCACUACAACCAGGCACGGGGCAAGUUCGUAUCGCUCUUCUACACCGUGGUCACACCCGCUCUCAACCCGCUCAUCUACACCCUCAGGAAUAAGGAAGUGAAGGGGGCGGCGAGGAGGCUGCUGUGGAGUCUGGGGAGAGGCCAGGCUGUACAGUGAGUAGGUUGGGGAGGGGAGAAAGUAUUAAGCCAGAACCCAAGGAUGGAAAUACCCAUUAGUGAGUCAGUUUAGACUUCAGACUCUUCAUUUUUGUAUGAUAAUCUGCAAGAUUUGUCCUAAGGAGUCCAAUGGGGGAAAUGUUUUCCUCCCGUUUGGAAAUGUUUAGUUCUUGAGGGAAAAUUCCUAAAUCCUCUAUAUACACAGGUUUAAGGAAGGAAAACCUACCCCUCACGACUCCACGUGCAGGUAAGAUGAUGGAAGUGAUGACUGCCUUUAGCUUCCUCCCUAUCUGAUGGAAGACCGUGGAAGACCUCUUGAUCUCUGCCAUCAGAAGUCUCAAGUUGACAAGAAAAUCAUAGUCCCUACUCUGCAGGAGAGGGUCAUCCAGAAAAAGAGGCCAUGGACUCUCUUCUCGGAAACCAGUCCAACCUAGUGCAGACCUUGCCAGGGGACCAGUGCCCUCCCCAGGGCAUUUCACCCAUAAGUGUGAUGAGGAAAGCCCAUAAGUGGUGGUGAAUUUUGUUGAGUGGGGUUAAGAUGGGAAACCCUCCUGCAGGAGUUGGUUCUUGAACAAGUUUUAAAGAAACAAGGAACUAGGACGAGUGUGGAAGAAGGCGGGCAUGUCUCAGGCUGUGAAAAAAACUCACAGGUGAUCAAUAGUGAGACAUGAGAGAGAGAGAGAGCAAGAGUCAGAAAGAGGAGUAAAUGGAGGGAGGAAGAUGGAGGAAGUUCUCAAGACAGGAACAGGGAUCUACUCAUGAAAAAAAGCAGAGAGAAAAAUGCUCAAUCAGCAGAACCUGAGCAGAAUAUUGAGGUCAAUCCAGAAGCCAGCUCCUCACCCACCCUCGCCCAGACCAGCACCCUUAUCAUACGGAAGACCUGCUAGACCCUAUGGCAGGUAGGAGAGAGGGUGGUCCACAGUCCCCCAGCUUCAGAAAGUUUGUUCUCUCCCGGUGUCCAUCUACCCCUAGGAACCCCCACUAGUUACACACAAUCACUAGAUCCCUGUGGAAAAUACCUUUCCUUGCCCACCAACAUCCCCAUAAAUAAUAACUAUUUUAGUUGGGUGUGGGACAUAGAGAGUGGGAGGGGGCAUGGUGCCAGACUUCAUUUCAUACCAAAUAGCCUUAAAGGAGAAGAGGGGGAAAGGAGCUCAAUUUAGUUUCUAAAAUGUUUAGUAAUUUGAUUAUGAUCAUGUCAGAGCAACUAAUUCAUUUUAAAAUAAAUCAUUUCACUAUGCU